AUGUCCGACAAUGAGGAACAAGGCCCGCCGGCCAGUAACGACAACAGCGAUGGCACCCCAGCUCCUGCGGCACCCGCAGCACCAGUCGCACCCGUGCCAGAAACUAACGAAGAUAUCAUAAGAAACUGGCUGAAAACGGAGUACCUCGAGCGCGAGUAUUUAGGACUUCCUCUUCAGGUUACAAUGCAGGAGUUCCUCAACAUAAUAGCAACUGCCUCUACCGACAAUAAUCUCAACAGCUGGUUGUUGAACAAUCAUUUGGACUUAACGACACUUCUCUUGACAGAGCUCAAAGCGAAAUCCGAUAUACUCGUCAUUCCCUCGGAUCCCGCAACUACACUUGCCCACGUCGGCCUAGGAGUCACUGAGACAGAGUUCUUCAAGGGAGGUUUAUUGACGAAAAACUGUUAUGAGGCAAUGAACAGAGAAGACAUUCGAUGGGUUGUUGUCCCCGUAACAGAUGGUAUGGCCGAUCGAAAUCAGGCGAGGCGUGAUGAGGCUGAGGCUAGGGCUGCUGCGAGAGCUAAAGAAAAUGAGACUUUGAACGAUCCCCCGACAGAACAGGAAGAAGCGGCAGACCAACCAGAAAUCAGCCCUCCCAACCCCGGUACGCACUGGGGUUUCAUGAUAGUUGAUAAACAGAAGAACGAUGCUAGAUGGCUGGAUGGUAAUCUCGAACUGAAGAAACGUAACAGAAAAUGGUCUAUAAAAAUGAUGAGCGAUGCAGGAUGGGUUGCCGGGAAGAUCUUGUGUGGAUACGAUCGGGUUAUGGGUCUCGAGCGGGGAGGCUUUACCGCGGCCACACUCAAACACGUCCCUCAUGACACCGAAGAUAACGCUUACAGGGGCGACGGAGGCUCCGCAUGCGGACCAUGGGUUUACGCCAUGCUGGAGUACAUACUGAGGCGCCCGUUCAUUCUGGAGAACCCGGGCGGACUUUACAACGCGUUCAAAUGGAGACACUUGAACAUGCAUAAGAGAUUGAUGGCGUUCAACUCCCUGAAGACCCGCGAAAAUAUGCAGAAGAUUAUCCGGGACGCAGCAGAACCAAAUCUAAGUAUGGAUGAGUUGCCAUACAACAUGACGGUGCGCAUCUUGAAUAUUCUGAAUCGUCCCGCGACUGCUCACCUAUUGAGUGGAAUUGAUCGGUUUAAUUUGCUCAACAGGUCUCAGCCUAAGCGUGGUCGCAAUGGGGGCUCAGGAAAGGGACCGGGUGGUGGCGACAACGACGACGACAACGACGACGAUCAUGAUGAUGGCGAUGGGUUUAGUCAUAUCGACAAAGAUUUGCAAGCGGCCAUCCUAGCAACUCUUGCGGACCAACAUCGCCGUGAUCCUAAAAACAAAGACACACCCGCACAGGGUUCUUACGAUCUCAACAAGACUGGAAACUUGACCAUUCCCGAUGGUCUUCCUAUGCCAAAGGAUUUCGCUGAUAGCAAUGAUGUCGACGCGGCAGCCCUGGAGCAAUGGAAGCAAGCUAAUGACUCAAUCCUCGAGCCCCUGAUCACCAACAGAAGCAAGGCCAACGACAUGUCCUACAGGGCCGCCUUACAUGCAUCGAGCAAACGUGGCUGGAACAAAGAGUCAGACGACAGGAUGAAGAGCAUUUGGAGAACCGAUUCAAAUGCUGUGAAUGAUCAGACAGAAGACGUCUUCACAGCAGCACAGAUCCGGCAAAUGAUGAUGAGUGCUUAUAGGGUGCAAGACGAUGAAGAGAAAACUGGUAGACCCACCAUUACGGGCGGUGUGAUCGGGAGAGCCACAGUUCCGACGAAGAAGAGGACGAAGGUGUACCCUCCUGGAUCUGGACCAAGUAAACUUCCUCAGUUUGCCAUAACAUCGAUCUCUAAUCUCGACAUCUUCGUCAACCACAACCCCGACUUGUUUGCUGAUCGAGAUAUUUCCAAACUCGCUAAAGAGACGCAGCGUGCGGUGAUGCAUCGAACGUACAUAGGCAGUUUCAAAGAAGACAGCCGACAGAAUUGGCGCGAGGUCUGGUACAAAGAUCCACAUGCCUUUACCGAAGAAGAACGGAAUGAAAACUGGUCUUGGGCGGCUAUCGUACAGCGCAUGGACGAUACCUACAACAACCUCGAGCUACCACCCACUUUCAUGUCCCUCAGCCAUGCCGAGAUUGAUAUCUGGCUGCAAAACCUACCUGAAGUAAUUCGAAAUAGGAUGAAGCAUCGUGACGGGAACGUUCUUUAUGACCGCGCGCCAGGCAUCUUGCACCGUCUCUUCGUCGGCGAAUUCGAGGAGCUGCGAGCAGAAGGGGCCCAGAACAGCCCAAAGAACAUCAAGCUCCUUGCUGAUUGGCGCGAGAAAGAUCCGGAAAAGUACGGUUCUGUAACGGAAGCCGUGAACAGGCUCAAGUUCAGGUUUGGUAGUGACGAUGGCGGAAGUAUGGAUCUGCCGUUCUUGAUAGAGAGCCCCCUCCACUGGCCGCCACGCGGACGCCUGCCUGCGUCUAAAGGAGGACAGAAGAGAAAGCCAACAAGCCCCGUUCCCGGGGGAGAUGCGUCGAAGAAGACUAAGAUCGACCGGCCAUCUACGACGAAGGAGAAGAACCAGAAGAGCUCUAGCCAGUCUGCGUCGACAGCUAAAGGAACACCCCAGGGACGGCAAGCUCCUAGUGGAUCUGGAGGCCACCAAGGGUUUGGUGAGUCUCAAGAACUUCCCGGACCUAUAGACCCUUCAGGGUCUUCACAUCAGCCAAAGUCCCGGGAUACGGAUAUACUUGCAGACGUACUUGGAAUGUAUCCCCCAGAAUUCACGCAUACCAUCAAGGCACGACGCCAAGCGUGGAUCGAAACCUUUUCGGACGCGACUGCUGCUCGCAUAGAGGACAUGGACGAGUGGCCGCAAAAAGCAGUUCUUCAACAUCUUUUCGGUGGUCUCGACACGAUACCGAAAGGGCUCAGACAUAUUUGGCGAAAGCAGCACCCUCUAUUGAACGACAAGAUGACAGACGACGACGUGCCUGGCGCGCUGAAAGAUACAGUCAAAGAGUUUGGCGCGGAAGGCGCAUGCCAGCAAGGAAUCCUGUACUAUCCUGAGUACUACAUGACAGCGUUCGAAAAAGAACACGAAGAACUAAUAGCGACAAUGACCAAUGCCAAGAAAGACGCUGUAAAAGGUAACGUCCAAGGCCAAGGCGGCGAAAAAGAACAUAAGGACCUCUCUGACGACGAUGUUGUGGAUCUCGACGAUUUCGAAAACGACGAAGUGACCGCGCAGCCAGCAGGCGGAGCUACUACUCAAGGCGCGAAACGAAAGCAUGCCGGAGGCACCGCAAAUCCGUUCCCAGCGAAGAGACACAAGGGCGACCGACCAGACUUCUGCGCAAUGGAAGAACCCGAGGUCCUCCUUUGGCUCGCCAAAGUACCCCUCACCUUCAAAAAAGAACUCCUUGACUCAAAGCUCAAUCUGUUGCCGCUGAAGUCGGCAUAUGCGCGUGUCAUGCUCGAGCGCAUAUUCAACAAGACGUUUCAGAACUGGGCUGCGGAGGACCCUUUGACUGAAGAGACGCUGGGGAAGCUAAGGCGGUGGAGAUUGUUGGGCACUUUCAGUGGCUCUUUUAAUGCGAACCCUGCGGGUCUUAAGAAGUUUCUCGACAAGAUACUGUAUGCAGACAAGACAACGGUUGGUGAAGGGAAGAAAGCGAAGAAAGAAACGGUUGUCUUGCCGGAUUAUAGUAACAACACAGAUAAAUGGCCUGAGAAUUGGAAGUAG